AUGGCACAGAAACUAGUCUUAAAAGUAGAAGUACGUCAUGAAAAAGAGAGACAGAAGGCCAUGAAAGCAGUUUCUAGACUUUCCGGGAUUGAAUCUCUGGCUAUGGACAUGAAUGAGAAGAAAUUAACAGUGGUUGGGGGUGUUGAUCCAGUUCAAGUUGUGUGCAAAUUGAGAAAAUCAUGGCACACAGAAAUUCUAACAGUUGGUCCAGCAAAAGAACCUGAAAAGAAAAAAGAGGAUGAAAAGAAGGAUGAUAAAAAGAAAGAUGAUGAUAAAAAGAAGGAUGAAAAAGAACAAACUGCAGAACUUCUCAAGCUUUACAAGAAUUACUACCCUCAUUACACACAGUACUACCAUGUUUACAGUGCGGAGGAGAAUCCAAAUUCUUGUGUUAUUUCUUGA